AUGGAGGAAAAUCAAGCUUUUCCAAAAGUCGAUGUACUCUAUAAUGGUACUUUUGUGCCUAAUUCGUUAGUGUAUUUUGCUCCACAAGUACUACGUCUGAAUGAAGAUGCAAACGAGUUUGGUUUCUCCGAUUUCAUCAAAUAUGUUGAGAAGCUUAUCGAUUUUCAGUGCAAGCAUUUGUAUUACUGUAUACCUAAAGUGAGAUUGAGUCAGGGGCUCCAAACACAACAAAAUGAAUGUGACUACUCUGAGUUUCUUGAGGUUGCAAAUGCUAACAGACAUGUGGAUGUGUAUAUUGACCAUGAUAAUGAACCUCUAUUUGAAUGGAUUCAGAAAGAAGAACCAGACGAUGAAGAACUUGUGUAUUCAGAAGAAGAUGUCGACUCUAUUUUGGCAGAUGAUGAGAACUGUGAAUAUAAAGAGGAUGAAUGUGUUACAUCAAGCAAAAGAAUCUUCAAAAGAACCUAUAAUGAUAAGUUUUUGAACAAGUUAUGUCCAGUAGUUGUUGAAAAUGAAGAUGAAAAAGGCAAUGAACUUCCAGCUGUCUACCCUAGGCAUGAUGCUACUCAGGAAUGGAGGAAGAUGAAGCCUGAACUAGGUAUGAGAUUCUCUUCUCCUGUUGAACUUAAGUCAUCUCUCAGUAACUAUGCAGUUGCACAUGGAUAUGACUUGUAUUAUGAGAAGAAUGACAAGGAUAGGUUGCUUGUAAAGUGUUGUAAAGGAAAAAGACCACAAUGCCCUUUUAGAUUGUGGGCUUCCUGGAUGAAAGAUGAACAAACAUUUCAAAUAAAGUCCCUUAGAGAAGACCAUAGUUGUUCAAGGGCAUUCAAACUUGGUUCAAUUGUUACCUAUAAGUGGAUAGGGAAACAAUUUGUCACUGAUAUUCUGGAGUCCCCUAAAAAGAGUCUGAGGAAGAUGAAAGAUAUGGUAUUUAAGUUAUUCAACAUAAAUGUUAGUGUUGGACAAUGUAGGAAUGCAAAAAGAUUUGCAUUGUGUGAAAUUGAGGGUGAUUUGAAGGAUCAUUAUUCCAAGCUGUGGGAUUAUGGAGCUGAAAUUAAAAGGGCCAACCCAGGAUCUCAUGUAGAAGUGUAUGUACAGCCCCAAAAUAACUCUAUUGUGGUGUUUGAAAGGUUUUAUGUGAGUUUUAAAGGAGUGGUUGAUGGAUGGUUAGAUGGGUGUAGGAAGGUAAUUGGGAUAGAUGGAUGUUUUCUGAAGGGCAUCUAUAAAGGGGAGCUUCUCUCAGCAGUAGGCAGGGAUGGAAACAAUAACAUUUACCCAAUAGCCUGGGCAGUAGUAAAUGUUGAGAACAUGAAUACUUGGAAGUGGUUCUUGGACAAUCUAAUGGAAUACAUAGAUGAAGGGGGAAAUGGUAAUGGAAUCACAUUGAUGUCAGAUGGACACAAGGGUGUAAUGGAGGUUGUGAAAGAAAGAUGUCCAGAAGUUGAACAUAGGUUGUGUGCUAGGCACAUCCUUGCUAACUUUUAUAAAAAAUUUAAGGGUGAGUGCUACAUUAAACCUUUUUGGAGGAAAGUAAAGGCAACUAUAAUUCCAAAAUUUGAACUUGCAAUGGAAGAAAUCAAGAGCUUUGAUGUAGGGGCAUAUGAUUAUCUCAUUAAAAGGGACCCCAACUGUUGGUCAAGGGCUUUUUUUAAGGUUAUAAUGGGAUGUGAUGCAAUGGAAAAUGGUGUGUCUGAGAGCUUUAAUGCUGCUAUUGAAGAAGCUAGAAAGAAGCCAUUGAUCACUAUGUUGGAGGACAUAAGGGUAUUUGUGAUGGAGAGAUUAUACAUGCAGAAAGGGAAAGGAUUGGGUUGGGAUUUGGCAAUUUGUCCGACUAUCAAAAGUAAACUUGGUAAACUAAAGAAUUUGAGAAGAUUCUGGGCAUCAUAUGUUAGUGGAUACAAGCAGUUUGAAGUUGUGAAAUGUAAUGAAAGGUAUGGUGUUGACUUGGAGAAGAGAGAAUGUGGAUGCAGAGAGUGGUUUACUAAAUCUGCAUUUCUUAGGGCCUAUGAGUACACCAUACAUCCCCUGAAUGAUAGUACUUUGUGGCCCCAAAUGCCUGAUUUCCACCAAAUACUACCUCCUAUUAGGAGGUGGUUACCUGGUAGGCCAUGUGUGAAAAGAAAAAGAGACCAAGUAGAAAAUGAACUCAGUGGGAACACAAGGCAUACUAUAAGUAGGGCAGGUGUUCAGCACAAAUGUACAAUUUGUAAUGAAACUGGACACAACAAAGCUACAUGUCCAAUGAGGGGUCCUUCUGAAGCAGGUCCAAGUAAAGCAAGAAAGAAGAGUAAUGCAAGAAACAGUCCUUCACAAGCAGGUCCAUGCACUCCAGCUCCAGGUGCUCCAACACAUGUCAAUCAAGAUCCUAUGACUCAAGACCGUGUCCCUAUGAAUGAAGGUCCUGUGAAUCAGGAGAAAGUGAAUGAAUUUCCUGUCAACCAAGAUCAUGUGAAUGAAGUUCAUGUGCAUGAAGAUCCUAUGAAUGAAGUACCUAUUAACAAAGAUCCUGUAAUUCCAGUACCUGUUAACCAAGUGCUUGUGAAUCUUGGUGUUAGAGUGCCUAGGAGACUUGGUGUUAGAGCAAGGAAGCCUUCAGAGAGAAUCAACAAGAUACAAAUCAGGAAGUAG